AUGUCGCCCAUCAGAACGCAAUGGUCCCGUCUCAUCCGUUUCGUCGCUGUAGAGACGUCCCGAGUGCACAUCGGAGAACCGGUAGAUGCUGGGCUAGAUGUCGGCCUCGCUGCGUUGGAAGGGAGCACGAUCAAAGCCCGUGAAAUCAUUGGUUCCGCGCUCGAUCCAGCAGCCUCGGUCUCGAACAAUGUUCUCACUGUGUCCAAGCUUCUCGCCCCGCUUUCCAACGAAGAGAUCAAGGUCGUUCGCUGCUUGGGUCUGAACUACUCUGACCAUGCCGCUGAAGCCAAAAUGGCCAAACCUGCCUUCCCGAUCUUAUUCUAUAAACCCGUCACAGCCCUCGUCGGGCCCCUGGCUCAAGUGAUCAUCCCCCGCGUUUCACAGCCACCCAAAGACAUUCUUCCAGAUUACGAAGCAGAGCUCGUCAUCGUCAUCGGAAAGGCCGCCAAAAACGUCCCGGAGGAUAAAGCGCUCGAUUACGUCCUCGGCUACACAGGCGCUAAUGAUGUGUCGUUCCGCAAACACCAGCUUGCUGUCUCCCAAUGGGGCUUCUCCAAGAGCUUUGACAACACCAACCCACUUGGCCCCUGCCUUGUCUCUAGCAAAAUCAUCACCGACCCACAAAACGUGCUCCUCAAGUGCACCGUAAACGGACAGGUCCUCCAAGACGGCACCACCGCCGAACAAAUUUUCACCGUCCGCCAAACAGUUGCCUUCCUCUCACAAGGCACUACCCUCGUGCCCGGCAGCAUCAUUCUGACAGGCACGCCCAAGGGCGUCGGCUUCGUCCGCAACCCGCCCGUGUACAUCAAGGGAGGCGACAAAAUGAGCGUGUGGCUUGGGAACGGAAUUGGCACGCUCGCGAAUGAUGUCGUUGAAGAGAAGCCUGCGACUGGGAAUUUGUUGGCGAGGUUGUAA